AUGGGUCAAAUCAAAAAGCUCUAUAGAUACAAUAUCGUGAAACGGAACGACAAGUGUGUACACGCGUACUAUCUGAGUUGUUAUGACCAUAUGACCAAAGAAGAGAAAACUUUUUUCUCGAAUAACUUGCCUACGUUUGAUGACCCUCAUUUCUGUACCAUUGACCGGGCUUACAAGAGAGAAUUCAAAAAACACAUAGCUUGUGCAAACGAACUGGCCAAAUCCAAACAUAAGUUAGAAGUACCAUACAAGCAGUGGCAGAAUUAUGUGGAAGAGCAAAAGUUGCAAUAUGAACGGAAAAAACAGGAGGAGCUGGAAAAUGAUCAGAUAAAGSACAUUGUAAACUUGCAUUUUUGGCGUGAGCAAGACCCAAAAAAAUGCCAAUAUAUCAAGGAGUUCAUGCGGUUGGAAUACAUGCAAAUGCGUUCAAGAUGUGGAUUAAAGGCAGAAAAAUUUUUCCGCGAACUGCUCGGCAACAUAUGGCCCUUUUCAGCGAUGGCGAAAAUCUGCGACAGCGAUUUAUCACACUAUGAAACAUGAUGUGUUAUUCAGUCUAUCCUAAUCUUCGGCUCAUCGACGUGGGCU